AUGGUGCCAGGAGAAAAUAACCUGCAGCUUUCUUUUCCUGUUCAAUCAUGGUCUGAUAAUAACUUAGCUUGGGACUAUGAUCAUGAUGAUUAUGAUUAUGAUUUCCCCAUGCAAACUACUCAUCACUACACCUCUUUUGAUUAUCAUUCUUUUCCCCUCAUGGACAAUUACAUGUUUCUCAUCAACGAUCCUCUAUAUUCACAUCCAACCCAAUCCAUCAUCCAAGGAGUGUAUGGUGAUGAGGGAGUGGAAGAGGAGCAGAAGAUGGGGGAUGGUGGAGGGAAUAAUAAGAAGAAGGGUAGAAAUGAUUGUUCAUCAAAAAUGUUGUGCAGAGAAACAAUAUCAAAGUAUUUCUAUAUGCCAAUCACAAAGGCUGCAAGAGAACUCAACGUUGGGUUGACAUUGCUGAAGAAGAGAUGCCGGGAGUUGGGGAUUCGCCGCUGGCCUCACCGGAAGUUGAUGAGUCUCCAAACCCUAAUCUCAAAUGUUCAGGUGCUGGGGAAGGAUGAAGAAGAGGAGAAGUUGAGAGAAGCCGUACAGUUGUUGGAGAAGCAGAAGAGAGAGAUUGAAGAGAGUCCAGAUAUGGAGAUGGAGGACACCACUAAAAAGCUCAGGCAAGCUUGUUUUAAGGCAAACUAUAAGAAGAGGAAGCUUAACGUCUCCGUCGCCGGCGCCGGGAUGCUCCAACCUUUGCCGUCGUCGUCGCCGUCAUCUGCGCCGGCCAUUUCAGCUGGAGCUUCUGCUGCUACUGCUGAUUAUGAGGAAGAUCAUCAAAUGGAUUCUCUCUUAUCUUAUUAUUUAUCCUCUUCUUCUUCUUCUUCUUCUACCGCCAUUGAUUACUAA